CCCACCCCCUUUUCUGGAGAGCAAUCUGAUCUGAUCAACACACGAGCGUUUGUACAAAGAGGGCCGCCCACAACCCUGAUGUCGGGUUUAGGGUAGUAAAGUCAAAGGGGCCAGUUAUGGCUCAUGGGAAAAAGCCUGGAAACAUGUCCAAAGUCUUGGCCCCUGGCCCUCCGUCGUGCCCCAGUGCCGGACCUCCAAAACCCAGUCAGGAGGACCAGUCUGUGAGCGAGGAGACUCAGCGACCUCCCCGUUCUACUAGGAACGACAACAAUAACCAGCUGACUCCUCCCGCUGCUUCAAAGCACUUCUACAUGAGCUGCGACCCGAGUCCGGAGGACAUGGAUGACGCCUGCUCCGAGUACGACAACGUGGGCUCGGACGUCGAGCAAGACUACGACGAGGUUCUGCAUUUCAACAGACAGGGAGCCGUCAGAUGUUACAACCAGCACGGGCCUGAGGGUGCGCAGCAAGCCGAGGAGAGCAGGGAGGCUCCCACCGCCGACCAGAUCACCCAGAAACCUCAUCACAGCACCAAGAGAUGCGAACGGCCUCACUCUGAAGGAAAACCGUACCGAAGGGGUCACCGCUUUAAGUCGCAUUGUGCCCCCAUUGCUGGAGAUGAAGCAGAGGGGGGAAUGAAAAUAAUUGAAGGAGACAGAUUCUUUUUUAACGACGAUGAUGAUUUUGAAGAGGUGUUGGAUGGAGCCAGAUUCAUAGAGGAUUUAGAUGAGGCGGAGGUAAACGCUGAAAAGCCCGCCAGCCUUUAUCAGGGCAAUGAGAGUGAAAGGAUUAAAAAGGAAAGGAAUAGAGAAGAUGAAACUUGCAUCCAGAGAAAUCAGAACGUAUCAGGAGCCGGUAAGAAGUCUGAGCCGUCCCAGAAGCGGAAAGAGCGACAGGUUAAAGGUCGAGGAAGAGGAGGAGGGGAAACGCAGCAUGUUGUUUCUGGGAUCAAAGCAGCGACGAUCAGCAGCACCGAGCAGAAUCCAAAGACUUCAUCCAGAAAGUCUGCAGUGAGGUCCAAGGAUCGACCCGGUUCCAGCAAACACCAUCACCCUCCUCCUCCUCCUCCAACGCGUCACGCUCAGUCACCCUCUGACCCCCAGAGGGCCCCGCCUCACAGAGAGAGUCCCCCCACUUCCGGACUGCCUGCUGACAACCCGGAGAACGAGUCCAGGCUGAUCAAGGCCUCUCCGGGUCUGCAGCACCCAGCAGAACAGCAGAGAGAGUCCGCAGAGGAGAAACUGAUGGGUUCUGAGGAACCCGAGCAGGAUCAGGAUGAGAAGCCAAGCACAGCCAUGAUGCCUGAGGAGGCGGCAGAGCAGCCAAAGCAGCCUCAAUGUCCAGAGCCGGUCUCUGUAGAGGAAGACAACUCUCCCAAGGAAGGAGCUGCUUUUCCCUGCUUUGAGGAUGUCCCAGGUCCCUGCGAGCCGGAAGAUCUCAUCGACGGGAUCAUCUUCGCUGCUAACUACCUAGGAUGCACUCAAGUGCUGUCCGAUAAAAAUCCGUCCAAGUCGGUGCGAAUGUCGCAGGCCCAUGAAGCUGUCAGCCACAUCAAGAGCCAAGAUGAAGAUUCUCAGAUGAUGACUGAGGUCGACCUCUUCAUCUCCACUAAGGCUGUCAAAGUACUGAAUGCUGACACACAGGAGACGAUGAUGGACAGUGCCUUGCGGACCAUAUCCUACAUCGCCGACAUUGGCAGCAUCGUGGUUCUGAUGGCACGGAGACGCAUGUCUCAGGCUUCAUCAGAGGAUUUCUCUGAAUCGUCUGAUUCUGCCAGCGAAGGGAAAACUCAGUACAGAAUGAUCUGCUACGUCUUCGAGUCAGAAGAUGCACAGCUGAUUGCGCAGUCCAUCGGUCAGGCUUUCAGCGUGGCCUACCGGGAAUUCCUGCGAGCCAACGGCAUCAACCCGACCGACCUGAGCCACAAACAGUACAGUGACAUCAUCAACUCCGAGGAAAUGUACCACGACGACCUCGUGCAUUUCUCAAACUCAGAGAACCGUAAAGAGCUGUAUGUGGAAAAGCAGAAAGGCGAGAGCCUCGGCGUGGUCAUAGUGGAGUCCGGCUGGGGCUCCAUUCUGCCCACCGUCAUCCUGGCCAGCAUGCUGAACAGUGGCCCCGCAGCGCGGUCCGGAAAACUCAGUGUGGGAGACCAGAUCAUGUCCAUUAAUGACACAAGUCUGGUGGGACUGCCACUGGCCACUUGUCAGAGCAUCAUUAAGGGCUUGAAGAAUCAGGUGAAAGUGAAGCUGAGCAUCGUAAGCUGCCCUCCUGUUACGACCGUCCUCAUAAAGAGACCGGACCUCAAAUAUCAGCUCGGCUUCAGCGUUCAGAACGGCAUCAUCUGCAGUCUGAUGCGAGGCGGGAUUGCCGAGCGAGGCGGCGUCCGAGUCGGGCACAGAAUCAUCGAAAUAAACGGGCAGAGUGUUGUUGCCAUGGCGCAUGAGAAGAUUGUUCAAACUCUGUCUGUCUCCGUGGGUGAGAUCAACAUGAAGACAAUGCCUGCAGUGAUGUUCAGACUCCUGACGGGUCAAGAGACGCCGGUCUACAUAUAGAAAUCCUGCACGGAUUGAUCCUCUGAAGUUCUGGAUGAAGGGAAUUUAUUUUUCUACCAUUUUAAAUUGUUUUGCUUCUUGUUGCAAUGCUGUAAAGAACAUCGUUUCCAGGUCUUAUCUUGAAUUACGUCAUCAUAAUGGCCUUAUAAUGUGAACACCGUCUGUAGUAUUGUACGUGAGGUAAUGGUGUCAAAGAAAAGUAGCUUUAUGGUCAUGAUUAUUUUCUUAUGAAGAGAUAAAUUAGCACAUUUAUUUUUUAUUUAGUCAUUUUUAUAAUGCGUAUGGGGUUCAAAAAUGUACUUAUACUGUAAAUACUUUGGGUUGGCUUCGUUGGGAAGGCCAUAACUACUCCUGCAAAAACACAGUAUGCAUGUGAUUGUGGAAAAAUAACAGACCAGGGAUUCAGUCUCGAUCUGACAUCGUUAUCUAUUACAGUAAGUAUUAAAACUCGACAAAAACAUGAUGUACAAAAGCACCGAACUCUGCAUUACAGUGAUGCUGAAGGCCAAAGACACACCUCUUGUUUAAGGAGAUUCAACAACACUUUGAGUGACAGAGAGUACAAGAAUGUAUCAAUAUACUCAUUACUGGAUGAAUGUAAUGAAGAAAAAAUACAAUUUCUCUCC